UGAAAAUAAUCAUUAGUUACAGUUCAGAAUGAGCUCCAGUUCAACAACUACAGCAGCAAUGUUCUACUUUACAUGAAUGAUGAGGAAUAAUGAUGAAAGGAUAAAUAAUAGUAUAACAGGCACAGUGGACAUUGUACAGUGUAGUGUUAGUAAAUUAUCUGAAUACUUCAGUCAAUACACUCAACUUUAAAAAAUCAGUAUAUUUUUCUGCUUAGAGGAAUGCUUAUCAGCGCUUAUUUCGAGCAUGCUCAGUCGCGUUUAAAACUCAGCCAAUCACGUACGAGGGACAGCGCAGCCUAAUUUACAUCCAGCGCAUAUAAAUAUUCAGCCUGAGAGCUGUAGGGCUAUUCGUUAAAGCUGCAAACGACGUGAUAGAAGAUGCCUGAUCCCGUGAAAGCGCCGAAGAAGGGCUCAAAGAAAGCCGUCUCCAAGAGCGUCACCAAGACCGGCAAGAAGAAGAGGAAGACCAGGAAGGAGAGCUACGCCAUCUACGUGUACAAGGUCCUGAAGCAGGUCCACCCCGACACCGGUAUCUCGUCCAAGGCCAUGCUGAUCAUGAACUCCUUCGUGAGCGACAUCUUUGAGCGCAUCGCCGGCGAGUCCUCCCGUCUGGCUCACUACAACAAGCGCUCCACCAUCACCUCCAGGGAGAUCCAGACCGCCGUCCGCCUGCUGCUGCCCGGUGAGCUGGCCAAGCACGCCGUGUCUGAAGGCACCAAGGCCGUGACCAAGUACACCAGCUCCAAGUAAACCCGCUGCUGCACCACCAACACAAAGGCCCUUUUCAGGGCCACCCACUGCUUCAACUAAGCGCUCUUUCCUGUUGACGUAUGUAGUAAUUACACCUCAUGUCUCUUCACCUUAGUUACAUCUUUACCAUAAUAUGUUCUGUUCCGAUUGCGCAUCAACUCCGACCUUUACUUUGUCAUGUGCUGGAUAUAUGAAUGUAAACAUUCAUAUAUGUUCCUGCGGUCCAAGCAAUUUGUAGAAAUAAAUUCCUCCUUUUUAA